GAUUAUGCAGUAAAUUGUCCAUUUUACCCUUCAUGAUACGUGCUGCGCGUGCGUAGAUAUUGGCUUAUCUAGGGAAGAUGCUGGAAGCAUCUCUCAUUUCUCUCUUUCCUCUUCUUUUCUUCUCUCUGCUUUUCCGUCUCUCUUUGUGUUUGUCUGUGUUUCUGUGCGUGUCUCGCUGUUUUCCUCGCGAUCCGAUCAUUUAGAAGGGUGGUUGGACUGUUUUUUCCCCGCUAUUUUCCGCGGAGGAAUCACAACGGUUUGGCUGCUUUGGUUGGUAAGAAAAAAUUUCAAUUGGUUGUUGUAAAAUUCGAUUCUUGCUAAGUGUUCUCUUUAUUUAUUUUUGCUGAUUUGCAUGUGGAUCUUUUGUCUGAUUUCGUUUUUGGCUGCCGUAAACCUAUAUCUUCCAAUUUUAGGGUUUUGUUGUGGGAGUUUGCAAACGCUUUCUGGAUCAGCAAGAUGCCGUUGAGGCGACCACAUUAAAUGUUGAGUAUGAUGUUAUGGUUGCGAAGAUUGAAGCUGGUGGAUGCUAUGAAAUCAUUGAUUUCCGUACCGGUAAAAUCAGGGAACAAUACAAAGUAGUCCUGCAUGAAACUCAAGUUUUGUUUAAUUCGGUAACAAAAUUAAAAAAAUUGGCUAGUGUGUUUCCACCAAUCCCUCGCCAUCGGUUCUUUCUACAAGAUUACAACACACUUUACCCUCGCUUGGACAGGGUUGACAUCCUUACAGGCAAGAUUGUCUUAAACAGUACCGGUUCAUCACUUUUUUUCAUUGAUCCAGACAUCCUGGAAGUGAAUUCCUACAAGUCAGUGUUUUCCAACUGCAAAGAAUUUCCAAAAAUAUUGCCUCCGUCUUCAGACCAGACAAAUGAAGCUAAACUUUUACAGACUGCGAAAAAAGUUACAAUUGAUGAAUUGGCUUUCUUGGAUCCAGAUUUGUACAAGGAUGAGACAUUUCUAUGUAAAGCAGCUGUGAAGCAUUUUGACACACGUUACGAUUGGUGGUAUAGUGCCUGCCCCAUUUGUGUAAAACAAAUGCAUAAGGACCCAACAACUACACAACUAAUUUGUCAAAAACACCCAAAUCAAAUUCCAACACCUUGUUUAGAAUCAAUUAAUUUUUCACUCCGUCAAUGGUAUAAGGUCAAUCUGAUACUCGAAGAUGAAACCAAUGAGAUUGAUGCUUUGAUAAUUGGAAAAUGUGGUGAAAAACUUUUUGGCAUGAGGUGCAAAGAUUUGGUUAUGAAUCAGACAUUGGUGGACCAUCAGCAAUUACCAAAUGAAUUUCUUAGACUAAUCGGGCAAAAGAAAAUUUUCCAUAUGCGGUUUGGAAAUAGAAGAAAUAAUUUCAAUCCAAGCAAUGUCCUCAUUCAGAAUGUAACCGACGAUACAACCAUGCAACCAGCAACUCCACUGCCUUUGCCAAGAGAAAUCACAGGGUCUUCCACGACGGUUUCGUCUUCUACUUCAAGUGCUGAAACUACUGAACAAUCGAAUAAAAGGAAGAGGGAAUCAAUCAAGAGGACUCUUUUCACCAACAAUGAGCAAAGAAAAAUGGAAGAAGUUUCAGAGGCGGAUCCAAGGGAGUUUGAUGAAGUUCCAAUAAAGUUGCUCAAAAAGAAAUCGUCACCAACUAGCGGAAAACUUGGUACCACUCCUGAAAAAACCAACUAGCUUGCUUGCUUAAGGAUGAACAAUGCAGUGCCAAAACUCAUCUCCGAUACUGAAACGCAAUAACCGUUUUUUGUUAAUGUAUCAAACAAUAUUGAUAAUAUUUGGCUGCCAUGUAAAUGUCUCUCUGGUCUGGACUUCAUAAUAUUUUUUGUAUGUACAUGCUGGUUCCACUUGAGAGGUAGAUGCAAGUGGUAGAAUCCAAUCAAUCACUUUAUGUUUUUUUUUUGUCUAUCUGUAAAGAAAUAGGUUUUAAUCUUUUGUAUCUGGAUUGUACAAAUUUAAUAUUUUAUAUAUAAACCAGUUCCAACA